AUGUAUAUGUGUAAUUAUGAUAAUUUUUCAAGAACAUUGGACCCUCCCUACAAUAAUGGGAGCUCUUCGAUAAACCUAUGCGACGUGGUCUUCCUUCUCGAUCUGGAUAAAACUUUUACUUCGGAAGAAAACUAUACACAAGUCCAAGCGUUUAUCAGUGACGCAACUGAGACUUGCAUGAAUAGAGGUGUUGGUUAUGCGGUGUUUGCUUAUCCAAUGUUUAAUGAGUCAGUCCCCGAAGCGGUAUGUUGCAACGCUGAUCAAUGUAAAACACAGUUUGGAUACAUGGAUUAUAAGAGUUACGUUGGGAAUUACAGUGAUAUGGACCCGGUUCAACCGGUCACUUCUCAAUUCAACUUUUCGUAUGUGCUUAUUGACGAUCUAAAAAAAGUUGGUUCCACAAAGAAGGCGUGUCUCUACAAUAACUACGUUCUCAUCACAAAUCGUAUCUUCAACAUGACAAAUCAGACGGAUGUCGUCGAAGAGUUGAGCAAGAUUAUGGGUGUUGGAUGUAUCACGUUCACAGUUGUAGUCGUAGGGAAUCCAGAUAUUACGACGGAAAUGAUCUACCAACAAUACAACGCCCAAUACAGUUAUGUGGUACCCAAUUUCAACUGCUUGGAUAUGUUGAAAAACUGCAUAAAACCUUGUGGGUCAGAAGGCUCUGCAAAAUGCAACAAUGACACUAUCCAAGCGUGUGCCACGCCCACAACUCUCGAACCGACGACUACAGUACUCACGACUCCCACACCAACACCUUCAAUGGAUCCAGAUUUUAUGGAUGAUUGGCAGAUAACUUAUCUAUUUGCAAUCACUAAUCGAACGACUCAGGAUCAGUUUAAUCGAUUGGUCAAAUACAUUUCGGAUCCGUUAGAUGAUUGUGCUGGGAAGGCGAUGAUUUAUAGGUUUUUGGCAAGGAAUAAUUCGAAUUCCGGAUGGAUUACAGAUGUGUCGAAGGCGGCGUCUUAUUUGCAAGCUUUGAAAUAUGAUGAAGUUCUUAUUGGUUCAGACAACCGAACCCUCCUUCCCGGCAACGAUAAUGUCACAUUUGACCUCGUUUACGAAGCAGUUUCUGCGUCUCCAACGUAUAAUGAAGACAACAUGCAUAUCCCAAAAGUCGUUCUUCUCACUGAUUUUGUCUCGGACUUAUUCGUCUCUCAGUACAACACAUCGCUCCUCCCACUUCUGGAAGUCUAUGAUUUCAGCAUCAUUGCAUUUACGGAAGAAGCUUACGAUGGAUACAAAUCAAAACUAGCCAUCAAGUCGUUGCAAAUCACAAAUGACGAGAAUUACGGCGACACGAAAGAGCUGAAAUUGUGUCAGAAGACGGGGUCAAAUGUCACUACAAUCAUGUUUAUUAUCAUUGGAACAUGCUCUGGAGCCAUGUUGAUUUUGAUUCUCUUGACUGUUCUCUACAGACAGAAAUAUAUGUGGAUGAGGAAAUUGAAGAAGUUCAAGACAUCGCAUGUAGUGGAUCCAGAUGAUAAUGAGAUCUUCGACUACUGGGAGCUCUCGUGGGAAAAACUAGUAGUCAAAAACGAGAAACUUGGACACGGAGCGUAUGGACACGUAUUCAAAGGAAAAAUCAUCGGAGUCCCACCAGCAAUCGAUAAGUACAACAGAGCAGAGGCACUUGACUUUGCAGACUGUGAUUGUGCUGUGAAAAUGCUUCCGAAAUAUGCGACAGAUUCGGCGAAAAGUGAAUUCAGACAUGAGAUUGAGUUGAUGAAGAAUCUGGGAUUCAACGAACAUCUUGUGAAUAUGUUGGGAUGUAUUACGGUAUCAGCAAAGUCUUGUUUGGUGUUGGAGUACUGUUGUAACAGAGAUUUGUUGAGAUAUGUGAAGAAUAAGAAGUGCGAUUUGGAAAUUUCCCGAAGCGUCGACGACACUAUCGACAGUCACAAAGAAUUCCUGAAUUUCGCGUGGCAAAUCACUCAAGGAAUGCGAUUUCUCGUCGACAAAAAGAUCAUCCAUCGAGAUUUGGCCGCCCGUAACGUAUUAAUCACAGAGCAGUGCGGUAUGAAAUCCGCGAAAGUCAGUGAUUUCGGACUGGCGAUUUCCAGUGAGCCUAACGAGGAGGUGACAGGUUCGGAUCGUCUCCCAAUCAAAUGGUUAGCCUUGGAAUCUCUCGAAAAAGCAGAAUUCUCGCAUAAAAGUGAUGUCUGGUCGUUUGGAAUCGUGAUUUUCGAGAUGUAUUCUCUCGGGGAAGUACCGUUUGCGGAUAUCGAACCGACUGAGUUGAUAGGCCAUCUGAAGAGUGGAGCACGUCCGAAAACUCCUCUACUCGCAACCGAUAAAAUCGAGGAGAUAAUGACAGUGUGUUGGGAGGAGAAACCAAUGAAACGGCCGGAAUUCGAUGAGUUAUCCGCAAUGUUGGCCACUCAACUCGAGCAGACAACCGAGGGUUAUGGAUAUUUGGAGUUGGUUCGAACCAAGGAUUAUAGAGUUAUUGCGGAGGUGAAGAAGGAAGAAGAGGCGAAGAAAGAAACAGAUGAACCCAUUUGUAUUGAUGAUCAUCCACCGUACGUCACGAGAAAUCGAUCGGUGACGUGGAGGAGUAAGGCGAAUGGGGAGGCAAAGUUGGGAAGGGAAUACAGUUUGACGACUCAUGUCUGUGAAGACGAAACAACGGUUCCCGUGCCGAAUGGAACACCCAAACUACCGCCUCCUGUCAACUCCAAUACACCAGAACCCCAUGAAAAGGAUAAAAAAGAAAAGAAGAAAUCGUAUUUGAAUCUUCCAAAUAUCCUUCCCUCAUUCAAUUCCAUCAAUCCAUUCUCCAAAGAUAACGAAUUCAAAAAGACGUUCAAAAAGAAGAAAUUCUAUUCGAGACGUGGCUCCGUUCCCUACUAA